AAAAUUACGAAAAAAGAAAAAGGAAAAGGAAAAAGAAAAAUUAAAGAAAAAAAAGAAAAAAGAAAAAUUGCAAAUUCUUUUAAUUAUAAUUCAUUAUUUAUUAUUGAAUUAAUCAUUAUUUUUAUGUUAUGGAUGAACCAAUACAUAAUCAUGUUAUUGAUGAAUCAAAUAAUUUACCAUUUACAAAAAGUGAAGUAACAUUUUUAGUUAUUCUAUUUGCAGCAGUUAUCAUAUUAGCUGUAGUUGGUAAUACAAUUGUAUGCAUAUUAUUACGUUUUCGUUAUUGUAAUCUAUUGAAAUGUUUUACAAAUACAUUAGGAUGUAAAAAGAAAUCUACAUUAUCUAAAUCAAUUCAUCAUCAUCAUCAUAAUCAUAAUCAUAAUAACAAUAUUGAUCCAUGGGUUGAUGAAUGUCCAAGUAGUCAACAUGAAUGUAGUUGUGGUAAAACAUGUAUUGUACAAAAUACACAUCGUUAUGUCAUAUUUAAAUCAAUGCAUAAACAACAUGAACCAGGUACAAGUGGUGGAAAUUAUGCUGGAUCUAUUACAGUAGCUAAUAAUAUAUCAGUAUUACCAAAUGAAAAACGAACUAAUUUCACAACAAAACAUAAAUGGAAAGCCGAUAAUUAUUUAAGAGGAAUGCGUACAUCAAGUAUAACAAGUUUAUUUUUAUUUAAUCUUAGUUUAGCUGAUAUACUUAUGGCUGUAUUAUGUAUACCAAUGAAUGUUAUUACAGAAAUUGUUUAUUUAUGGUGGCCACUUGGUGAACCAUUAUGUAAAAUUGUACCAUAUGCACAAGGUGUCAGUGUAUUUGUUAGUGCAUUAACACAUGUACUUAUUUCAUGGGAUAGAUUUGUAUUAGUAUUUUUUCCAUUACAACCAAGAAUGACACAACGUAAAGCAAUUUAUUUAUUACUUAGUGUAUGGAUAUUAGCAUUAAUUAUACCAUUACCAGUACCUAUUGUAAAUAGAACAAUAAAACGUGAUAAUGAAACAUUUUGUAUAGAAGAUUGGAGUUUAUUAUUAUCAUCUAUUAAAACAAUUAAUAUGGAUAAUUUUACAAAUCUAGAACAAAUUAAAAAUGAAAUUACAAUACAAAUUAAUGAUAAAUCAUUCAUAUUACAAAUUGAUGUUAUCUAUACAAUAUUAUUAAUGAUAUUACAAUAUUUUUUACCAUUAGGUAUGAUAUGUGGAACAUAUACAGCUAUAGGUAUUAAAGUUAUACGUUUACAAACACCUGGUGAACGAGAUAGUGCAAGAGAUCAAAAAUUAACUAGAGCUAAACGAAAAAUGGUGAAAAUGUUAACAUUAGUAGCAUUAAUGUAUGGUUUAUCACAAUUACCAAGGCAUACAAUCUAUUUACAUGGAUUAAUUAAUCGUGACUUUUGGUUUAAAUCUUAUUCAAUUAAAGCAUGGGCUGCAGCAAAUUUUGCUCGUGAUUCAUCCACAUGUUAUAAUCCAUUUAUAUAUGCAUGGAUAAAUAAAAAUUUUCGACAAGAUAUUUAUCAUUUAUUUUAUUCAUGCUUUUUAUCAUGUUUUAAAAUACGUUUACCUAAAUUAACACGUUCAUCAAAUAAAACAAAUUUGUUAACACGUAGCAACAAUAAUAAUAUACAAUUGCCAAUGAUUCGUAUGAAUCAACCAUCAUCUAUAAAUGAAGGAAAUUCAAAUUCUAUUCAUUAUUUCCCAAUCAAUCAUUCAACUACUCAUAGUGAAUUACAUGAUAAAUCAAAUGUAAAUCGUAUUUCAGAUGCUUAAAAAAAAACAAGAUACUAAUAACAAUAACCACCAACAUCACCACCAGCACCACCACCACCACCACCACCACAACAACAACAACAAC